GUGCGCAGUCACGAGUCCUACAUAAAACAGUCCCCGGUGGGCAUCUUGUGUUGUGCUGGUUCUUCAUAUCAUCGGCUGAUUGUAGGGGCUUAAUUGGUCGCGUCGUCAUGGCAUCGAGCGGGAAUCUGUUGCUCCUUUUUGCAGUUAUCUUGUGUUUAGGAGUAGCUGAUGCGGAGCAGAACACAGGCACCGUGAUCCCUGCUGAAAGUCGCCCAUGUGUGGACUGCCAUGCUUUUGAAUUCAUGCAGAGGGCCCUGUUGGAUUUGAAAAAGACUGCUUUCAAUCUUGAUGCCAGGACAGAAAAUUUGGUGUUACGGGCCGAGAGGAGAGCUCUAUGUGACUGUAUGCCCUACUCUAUGCCCACUGAUAUGCCCUACUCUAUGCCCACUGGUACUCUGGGCUGAGGGCUAUCUGCUGUCACACUCUCCUCAAAAACCUCUGCUGAUGUACAUCUGCAUCUUAACUUAUUCACACAAUAGGCACUUUAUUUUGUUUAACUGUCAAGUGGAGCUUUCAGUUUGUUUGUACCAUGCCUUAUUUGGGAUGUCUUUUAUACAACUGAUAAUUUAGAAACAUGCCUACAAAACACUAUUUUGUAUAGCUGUAAAAUUAGAAUCACUACUCAUCUCUGUUAAAUGAAACAGUUUUUUCUACUUUGUCGUAUUUAGCUGAUAAUGUAGAUAGAUUAGUAGAAUAAACAAGUAUAUAUACUCAUUGAAUGUGUUUUAACAGCUGUUUACGAUUGUUAUACACAUUAAACUGUAGCAUCUAUUAUAAGUUAUAAAAUGAGAUAUAACUGUUUGUAUUGGUAUAAUUUCUUAUUUAUUUCUGCUUAUUAGUAAAUGAACUACUUAUUUUAAUAGUUUUUAAAUUUGUAAAGAAAUGUCAUUAAGUCAACAAUGGAAUGUGAUGCUUUUCGGCACAUGUCUUGAUUUAGCAAAGUGUAGCAUGAAGAUACAGCACUUUUUGUUCAAAUAGAUUCUAUGUUUACAUCUGUACACGGGUAAUGUUUGUCGUAUGUGUCUAAAAAUGUGUAUGCAAGAAUAGUAAUAGGGCAUAUAUUAUCAUAUGGAUUAAAAAUAGCAAAGGAAGGGCAGAGACUUUCCUGCUGCGUAAUUACAGAAUGAGGUACUCUAACUGUUCAAAGUGUCUGUCAUGUUGUAAAAUAAAAAUAAGUUACAGUCCUUAC